GAGGGAUGAUGGGAUACUUACCUCUGCUAACAUCUCACUCCCUCCACUCACCUUUCAGGGCGUGUGUGUGUGUGUGUCUAAUUCUUUCUUGUCUUCACAAUUUGUUUGUCUCUCUCUCUCUCAUUCAUAUGAUCUACGCUGUGAGUAGUUCUUCGUGUCUUGAAGGGUUUGGAUUCUUUUAUUCAUUUUCUUUGACAUCGACAAUUAGCUUUACAACAUUGACAGAACCAUUUACUCAAGACAGCCAGUUCUAUAAUAAAACUUCGUUUUUUAACUCUCAAAGAUUACAACUUAUACAUUUUACCAGCAAAUAAUGAUUUAAUUAAUAAUUUCCUAUAUUGUUAUAGAACUUCUGUCAUGGUUUUGUUCAUUUCAUUGACAAACUAUUUCACGACUCUCUUGUUUUGAUUGGACAUUCUGAAAACUAGUGCUGCCAUCUGCCUGGAAGAGCGAGACAAGCUCGCAGGGGAAGAUAAAUCGAGUAGAAUUAAUUGUUCCAGUUACCUUCUCACACCUGGGGAUCCAACUGAUUGUCGGGUGUGAUUGUACUGGAUUGUUUUAAAGUUUUAAUUCGGAGUCUCUGUCGUUCCUAGUCCUCCCCUCCAAUCGUGAAGAAGAUAAACCUUCUGACUGGAUCAGGAAUAGCUCGUGGAUUGAUCUAAUUACUACAGAAUCAUUUCUGUCAAUACGCAAACGAGGUAUUGAAGAAUCUUGAGAUUAAGAGAACAGGAGAACACAGAGAACAAGAUUCUGAGCUACAAUGCUGGAGAACGAAGUAAAGCUGCAAGCAAGACAAAGUAGCUCCAACUUUACAGACUUCUUCCAUCUAUAUUGCCAAUGUACGAAACAAGCAACUGAUGGACUUUAGAAAAGGCCACAAAAAGAUGUCUCAACUAAUCGCAUUGAUGGUAGCCAUCUUUUUACCUGCAGUUUUGUCUUAUCGGGAAUUUCUUUCAUUGCUACCCAAUGGUCAGAAUGUCCCUGACCCAUGUAACCCUGGAACUGUCUGGGAAGGUGUUGGGCAUCUGGUCAAGGAAGGAAAGUCUAAAAGAAACGCAUUCGGCAAAGAUUUUCACAAAUAUGGCAAGAUGUGGUCAAAAGAACUGUGUCGGAAGGAUUCAGACGGUGAUGGUAAGACCAAUGGCUUUGAGCUAGGAGAUCCCGAUUGUACCUGGACACCCGGGUCAUUACCUAAAGGACCGAGUCUGUCCCACCCAGGGAUCUGUGAGCCAUUAGAAAGUGAACAAUGUAAAACUGUUAAUUCCUGGCUGAACUGCAACAUUGCCGCCAACUACGAGAUGGGCCAAUUCUGUCCUCAUAUUAAUAACAAAACCAUUACCCGUGACUUGCGGCUGUCGCCUACUUUAGUCCCAGAGAAAGAGACGACUUACUACUGCCAGCUGUUCGACCUACGUUUGACCAGUGACCACCAUAUGGUAGCCACACAACCACUGAUCACCACUAAACUUGUGGUGCACCACGUGCUGUUGUUCGGCUGCAACCCUCGAGAAUCUUUAGAGAAUGUGACCAGAUCCCCAUACUUGUGUGACAUGGUGCCUCACACUCACUGCAAUUCGCUCAUUGGGGCCUGGACCAUCGGUAGCCCUGGAGAAUGUGCUCACCCUGAAAUGGGUUUCCGUAUUGGGCCUAACGGAUACAAAACUGUGGCCCUACAGGUUCAUUGGAACAACGCACACCUGAACUCUUCUAUCACUGACAACAGUGGACUCAGAAUUUAUCUGACUAGCGCACUGAGGAAACACGACGCUGGGAUGUUGGUUAUAGGUCAGAAUUUCUUACAGAUUGACCCAGCUCAGGACGGUGACGAUUCAGAUCUGGAGUUUUCCUCUUCCUGUCCAGAGAGAUGUACCCAGGUCAUGAUCUACAAACCUAUAUACAUCACUUCCGCUGUCAAUCAUAUGCACUAUCUAGGUAAAGGUCAAAAUAUAACAAUCUACAAGAACAACACAUUGCUGAAGGUGGUCACUGACCAAGAAAACUACAAAUAUGAUGACCCCCUAAUUUACAAUUUCCAGAAUCCCAUCCAAGUGAAUCCUGGUGACGAGCUCAGGACUACCUGUAUAUUUCGUCGAACAUUUUCGCCAUCUCCGGUCUGUUGGGGGGACGCCACUUCCGAUGAGAUGUGUUUUGGAUUUAUCACUUACUUCCCUUUAUUGACGAAACUGUCCCACCCAUGGUGCACGUCACACAGGUCCAUCCCAUCUUGUGACAGGCACCUGCCUGGACUCAAGACCACUCCCAUUGAGGGCUGCAAUUGGUGGGAAUUUCGUAACUCCUCCCAUCCGAAUACCCAAAGAAUGUUUCAGGGCGUGUACAGAGAAUGCUUCACCAAAGGACACAAUCUAACAUGCACAGACAGAUGCAAAAAAGCGGUCAGUCCAAUAGUGAAUCACCCGUGUUUUAAGGGACAUAUUGGCAGUUAUAUGCUGGAGAAGUUCAGAUCUGAAAAUGAGUUGGUCUUCAACAUCAUCGACGCCGUGGUGACGUGUUCAUGUGUCAAUCUGCCUUACUGCGACCGGAAAUUCCCCAGCGGUGAACUGGGCCUCAGACAGUCUCAGUUCUGCAAUACGUUUGCCUUGUCCUCUUUGCAGACGUCAACCCCUGGAUCAACUUCAUCUCAGUUAGCCUCCCCUUCUUGCAUUAUCUUCACAUGUUUAGUCUUAGUUGGCUUUUAUUUCAAGUUAAAACCCUUAUGAUAAUUAGGCUAUUUAUAGUAAUUUAAUCUAAUACCACUCUGUCAUUAUUUAGAUAUUAUACGUAUAUGUAAGAACCAAAUAACCUAGAUUAAAACCAUAACCUAGAGCUAGACGAGCUGGAUUACACUAUAUACAU